UACAAAAUACUGUAACUGAAAGUAUACUGCAACUUCCUGCACAUCAUAGAAUUUACUUUAUGUACCAGAACAUUUGUCGUGCAGUUCAUAUCCAUCGAAGAAGUAUAUUCAUUAUGAGUUCCUUAAUGAACAGUAUACACAUGUGGUAUUUACCUUUACUUGUAUUUGGCGUCAUAUCUUCCAGUUGUAUUAUUUUUCGGUUACUCAAUGCUAUAACGCUAUUAAAUGAUUAUUCUGAAUUAUUUAUAUCCGUUAUGCUGUGUUUUGGUCACUUAGUAUAUAUGUUUAUGGCGAAUUUUUGUGGACAAGCAAUUAUCGAUCACAGUUCAGAGAUGUGGAUAGCCGUAUAUAAUACAUUGUGGUACGUAGCUCCGCUAUCUGUUCAAAAAUUACUGUUGUUUUUACUAAAAUCCGUGAAAGUCUUUAAACUAGAAAUUGGUGGUAUUUUUAUCCCAUCUUUGGAAGGAUUCUCCACGCUUAUCACUUCGACAAUAUCAUAUUUUACAAUAAUAUAUACUAUGCGAUGAUGAAAUAAUACAAAAAAAGUAAGUACACACAAAGUUACUAUCAAGCUGAGUGAUGCGUGUAUUUCUGCGGUGAGUAAAGCAUAAGUUAUCUGGGGGAAUAUAUUUAAAAUUUUAACCAUAACUUUGGUUAGGACAAUGUUAAUUCUUGACACGGAAUCGAAUUUAUAUAAAAGACUUACUUCUAAAACGUAUAAAAGAACAAAAAACUGAGUCAACUCCAACCCUGAUAAAGAGUUACUCAAUAGUUUAUACGUAAUGAACAUUACAGCAUACUUAAAGAACUUGCUAACAUUAAAACCUAAACACGUAGUGUUUCGGUUUACCUAUACACACCUAUAUCUUAUUUAUGUUUUAACUUUGGCGGUUACAUUCGCUCGUUAAGGCCAUUCUACAAUUGCGUAAAUGUAGUUG